CACAAGUCCCUCCCUCUUCGCCGCAGCUCUCUCAACCCUCAGACGGACUCUCUAUCCUCCCUCUUUCGAUUUCCAGCCACGGCAACCAGUGAUUUAAACGGUCUUUUUCGUUGCGCGGUGAAAGGUUGCGUUUAUCCGCACUUUUCCCGGCGGUUAAACGGGGAUUAAAGAAAUAGAGCAGUUAACACGUAGAAAACAAGACUGAAAACCAAACAAAACUUGGAUCUGUUGCGUUUGCGUUCCGUAACCAAAGCGGAACAUAUCUCAAUCCCUCUUGUGAUUAUUUCCUCAUUUCACGGGACGAGAAAAGGCUGUUGGAUUGGGCUCGAGCAGACGGGCUUCUUACUUCUGAGCGGCGCGAUAAAGAAGUUUAUACAUGUUUUAGCCUAAACGCGGAGGUCACAUUUUACAUGUAGGAAAAGUGACUAAUUCCAUCCUGCUGGUUGACUGGCACCAAUUCUAAAGUUAGUUUCCAGAUGCAGAGAUAAACAAACACGGUUUGCAAGCGAAGAAAGACAUUGUCUAUCCUCCCAAGCGUUUAUUUAGAGACCCUUUGCGUCUUUCUUCAUUGGGAGUUUUGAGGAGAAGGCUUGUUUUUGAGGAGCAGGGCUUGUUUCUCGAUGCACUGAAUGAGGAGAACCGUCCCAUGUGCGGCUUUCACUCUUUCUGACAACCCUUCAGCCUCAAGUUGUUCUGUGGUGCGUCUUGAGUCUACAGUGCAUCCCUUUAAUGCCUUGCUGCUGUGGUAACAUGUCCGACCUGGAUCAUUCCCUUCAGAAACACUUCCUCUGAUGCUCGUUCGCUCUCAAGACAGUACUGAUCACGUCCCGGCAAACACACAGAAAGACCUGUUGAACUUGGAAAAACUGUAACACCUACCUGAAGCAUUCCUGUAUCACCCAGUCUUACGUUUACAAGCGGAUCAUCGGAAGUCUCACGUCCUGACUUAGGCGUGACUGAAACUUCGAGGAGUCAAAAUGGCUAACAACACUGCAGACCACCCGCCGGGGAACUCGGUCGCCGAGGUCGACCACGAAGGGGACUUUGGCUGCACGAUGAUGCAGCUCCGUGAGCUGAUGGAGCUCCGCAGUGGCGAGGCGGUCAGCAAGAUUGCAGAAUGCUAUGGAGAUGUGCAAGCGAUCUGCCGCAGGCUCAAGACCUCACCUAUCGAGGGACUCUCUGGUAACCCUGCUGAUUUGGAAAAGCGUCACGCGGCGUUCGGUAAAAACUUCAUCCCCCCCAAGAAGCCCAAGACCUUUCUGCAGUUGGUAUGGGAGGCCCUGCAGGAUGUCACCCUCAUUAUUCUGGAGGUGGCAGCCAUUAUUUCUCUAGGCCUGUCCUUCUACCACCCACAGGGGGAAGGCAACGACAGCUGUGGCCAAGCAUCCGGGGGUGUUGAGGAUGAGGGUGAGGCCCAGGCAGGCUGGAUCGAAGGUGCUGCCAUCUUGUUCUCAGUCAUUAUCGUGGUGCUAGUGACCGCCUUCAACGAUUGGAGUAAAGAAAAGCAGUUCCGUGGGCUGCAGAGCCGCAUCGAGCAGGAACAGAAGUUCACCGUCAUCCGCAAGGGUCAGGUUAUCCAGAUCCCUGUGUCUGAAAUCGUUGUGGGAGAUAUUGCACAAAUCAAAUACGGUGACCUUCUCCCAGCUGAUGGUAUCUUGAUCCAGGGUAACGACCUGAAGAUUGAUGAAAGCUCUCUGACUGGGGAGUCCGAUCAUGUCCGCAAAUCUCUGGAGAAGGACCCCAUGCUCCUUUCUGGAACUCAUGUGAUGGAGGGAUCUGGCCGAAUGGUGGUCUCUGCCGUGGGCCUGAAUUCUCAGACUGGAAUCAUUUUCACCCUCUUGGGCGCCGGCGGUGAGGAUGAGGAGAAGAAGGUGAAGAAAGGUAAAAAACAAGGACCCCCUGAAAAUCGCAACAAAGCUAAGACCCAGGAUGGCAUUGCUCUGGAGAUCCAACCGCUGAAGAGCGAGGAAGGUGCGGAGUCAGAGGAGAAGGAGGAGAAAGAAGAAAAGGAGAAAAGAAAGGUCAACGUCACCAAGAAAGAAAAGUCGGUCCUGCAGAGCAAGCUGACCAGGCUAGCUGUUCAGAUUGGAAAAGCAGGUCUCAUCAUGUCUUCGAUGACCGUCAUCAUCCUCAUCCUGUACUUUGUCAUUGAGACGUUCGGUGUCCAGGGCCGUGAGUGGACGGCAGAGUGCACUCCAAUCUACAUUCAAUACUUUGUGAAGUUUUUAAUUAUUGGUGUGACCGUGCUUGUGGUAGCCGUGCCUGAGGGGCUGCCUCUAGCUGUCACUAUCUCCCUGGCUUAUUCUGUCAAGAAAAUGAUGAAAGACAACAACCUGGUGAGGCACCUGGAUGCCUGUGAGACCAUGGGUAAUGCCACAGCCAUCUGCUCUGACAAAACUGGAACACUGACUAUGAAUCGCAUGACAGUGGUGCAGGCUUACAUGGGUGACACACACUAUAAAAGCAUUCCUGAACCAGAGGCCAUUAAUUCAGAGACUCUAGAGCUACUGGUGAACAGCAUCUCCAUAAACUCAGCCUACACUACCAAGAUCCUGCCUUCAGAGAAGGAGGGAGGUCUGCCAAGGCAUGUGGGUAAUAAGACAGAGUGUGCCCUUCUUGGUCUGGUGUUGGACCUGAAGAGAGACUAUCAGCCUAUUAGAGAUGAAGUUCCUGAGGAAAAUCUUUAUAAGGUUUACACGUUCAACUCCUCCCGAAAGAGCAUGAGUACCGUUCUAAAGAACACCAAUGGUCCCGGUUUCCGAAUGUACAGCAAAGGCGCCUCUGAGAUUGUCCUGCGCAAGUGUUCCCAUAUCAUUGAUGCUUCAGGCCAGUCACGUGUCUUCAAGGCCAAAGAUCGGGAUGAGAUGGUGCGGAAAGUGAUCGAGCCAAUGGCCUGUGACGGGUUAAGGACCAUUUGCAUAGCCAUGAGGGACUUCACGACAGAGCCAGACUGGGACAACGAGGCUGACAUUCUGAAUGACCUGACCUGCAUCUGCGUUGUGGGCAUUGAAGACCCUGUUCGUCAUGAGGUUCCUGAGGCUAUCUCUAAAUGUCAGCGAGCAGGCAUCACUGUCCGUAUGGUCACCGGAGACAACAUCAACACAGCCCGUGCCAUUGCCACCAAAUGUGGAAUCCUGCAGCCUGGAGAGGACUUUCUCUGCCUGGAGGGCAAAGACUUCAACCAACAGAUUCGCAAUGACAAAGGAGAGGUCGAACAGGAGCGUCUGGACAAGGUCUGGCCAAAAUUGCGUGUUCUGGCUCGUUCCUCCCCAACAGACAAACACACUCUGGUUAAAGGCAUCAUUGAUAGCACAGUUGGAGAAACAAGACAGGUGGUGGCUGUGACUGGAGAUGGCACUAAUGACGGUCCUGCCCUUAAAAAAGCAGAUGUUGGCUUUGCUAUGGGUAUUGCAGGUACAGAUGUUGCAAAGGAGGCCUCUGACAUCAUUCUUACCGAUGACAACUUCACCAGUAUUGUCAAAGCUGUGAUGUGGGGGCGUAAUGUCUACGACAGUAUCUCCAAGUUUCUGCAGUUUCAGUUGACUGUCAAUGUGGUGGCUGUGAUUGUUGCUUUCACUGGAGCCUGCAUCACACAGGACUCUCCACUUAAAGCUGUUCAGAUGUUGUGGGUUAAUCUGAUUAUGGACACGCUGGCUUCUUUGGCUCUGGCAACGGAACCCCCAACAGAAGCGCUCCUGCUGAGGAGACCUUACGGACGAGACAAGCCACUCAUUUCCAGGACUAUGAUGAAGAACAUCUUGGGUCAUGCUGUUUACCAACUUGUCAUCACAUUUACUCUUCUCUUUGCUGGUGAGAAGUUCUUCAACAUUGAUAGUGGCCGCAAUGCUCCUCUGCACUCCCCGCCAUCUGAACACUACACCAUAAUCUUCAACGUCUUCGUAAUGAUGCAGCUUUUCAAUGAGAUUAAUGCCCGCAAGAUCCACGGAGAAAGGAACGUGUUUGAGGGAAUUUACAGGAACCCCAUUUUCUGCAGCGUUGUUCUGGGAACCUUUGCUCUGCAGAUAAUCAUAGUGCAGUUUGGAGGGAAGCCGUUCUCUUGCACGGCCCUCACCAUCGAUCAGUGGCUCUGGUGUAUCUUCAUAGGAGUUGGUGAGCUGCUCUGGGGCCAGUUCAUCUCUGCCAUCCCCACACACCGCCUCAAGUUCCUGAAAGAGGCUGGCCACGGCAUCCCCAAAGGGGACAUCUCCCAAGAGGUGCUAACCGAAGGUGCGGAUGAAAUUGACCUUGCUGAGAUGGAGCUGCGCAGGGGACAGAUCCUAUGGUUCAGAGGUCUCAACCGCAUCCAGACUCAGAUGGAUGUGGUUUAUACAUUCCAGACGGGCCAAACGGCGGUGCCUGGGGCCCUGCGUCGCCAGCCCUCCGUGGUCAGCCAGCACAACGACGCAAAAACUGUUUCUAGCCCCACCCAUGUAGGGAUUUCCUCUUCCUCCCUGUCCGCCAACUCUGCUGCGGCUUCUGGGGCGCCCGCCCCUGCUUCCUCUUCUACUACAGGCAAUUAAGGUGGUGAACGCAUUCCGUAGCUCCCUAUACGAGGGCCUAGAGAAGCCAGAAUCAAGAAGCUCCAUCCAUAACUUCAUGUCCCACCCUGAGUUUGUACCCCUCUCCGAGGAGGAACCCCGCGUCCCCACGAUAGACGAGGACUGUGUAGAGAUUGAUCAGCUCCCCUCCUCUUCCAGAAAAGGUGGCGGCGAGCCCCCAGGCCACUCUCUUCACAGCCAUGAAUUCUCAGUGUGAACCUCCCAUUGUUCUUCUGCCCCAAAAUCUGAUUUUUUGUUUUGUUUGUUUUGUUUUUAAAACCUGUGCACCACUCCUCCGGUGGAGCCCUGCUGAUGCACAUCUGAGAGACAGCAGCACCUACAGCGGCCAUUGAGGCAACUACGAUCCCUUUCUCCUCUCCUCUCCUCCCCACCCCUCUGCCCCUCUCGACUUGCACUGUGUCGGCAGCAGCAGCAGUGCUCUGUAAGUACAUGUGGCUGUGCUGCAGCCCAUGUGACGCAUGGCCUAACUUACACACUAGAGGGCGACGCUGCGGCAAACGCCCUCUUUCAGCCUGUCACUGGCAUUUUUCUCUCUUCUACAGUUGUGAUUUUUCUCAUUUUUAUAUUGUCAACAUCUCUGGUCUUGUGUAAUGCUGUAAUCAUUUUUGUUAUUUGUCCCAGGACUCUGUUACAUACUCUGGUGUUUUUUUUUUUUUUUUGUCUCGGGUUUUUUUUUUUUUUUUUUUUUUUUUUUUUUUUUGGGCUGAUACAGCCGAUUAUAUUCAUGCACUCAGUUGCUAUUUGAAUAGAUUUCUCUCUCUUUAUUCUCUCUCUCAAUUUGCUCUGUUUUAAGGUGGUUUGAAAAACAUGGCAGUGAAGCUACCCAUGUUGUUUUAGUUUUUAAAAUGAUUUUAUGCUCUAUUGGACGUUUUAAGUGGUUCAGACACUACAUUCAUGUCAUGUGUUCAGACAUUGUUAAUACGAUGCUGUUAGGCUCAUUUUGGGUGUUCUAUCACUUUAUAUGUACAGAUGUAAGGCUGCUAUAGUGAACGUUAGCAGAAUAAAAGCCUAUAAUAAACUUAUUGGAUAGCUGAGUUAAGAAUACCUGAUUGGCUCUUAAGGGGGCAGGGAGGGUCAUCCUACACAUCAUCUCAGCGAAAUCACACCCAGUGGGCAUCUCUAGUCUCUUGUUAAUGCUCAUAUGCCUCAAAACAAAUGCCCAGCUAAUUGACCAAGUACUUUAUCGAAGGUACAGCACCUCAUCAUAGUGUGCAUGUAUCUGUCUUUAGGUUCAUCUGUGUCUGAUUGUAUGGGAAUGGGAAUUGUAUUACUAACAUUUAUGGGAUAUAACAACUAAUGAAUAGGAUUUUCUUUUUCUUGUAUCCUCUUUAGAAAAAAAAUGCGAUAGAGGUGAUUCUGUAUGUGUGUACUUUCAAAUCCAGUCUUUUUCUCACCUCAGCUCUGCAGUUAGGUGUUCUCCUUGUUAUCUAACAUCAGGCUGUGCUCAACAUAAGCUCCAAGUUACUCAGACGGCACUGGUAGAGCUCCAAAAUCCCAUCCCUGAACUUAGCCUGCGAGGGUAAGGAUACUGCACGUAGUAAGCAUGCUUUUGCUAUUUAAAAAAAAAAAAGAAAGAAAAAGAAAGAAAGAAAACACUUUAACACACAAUAGCAUGCAGCAAGGGCCUCUGUUGGACCCUGUGAGCUCUGUUGAAACCUGGAUGACAAACUAGAUUGGACUGUUUUCAUAAGAGUGCAGCCACAACGACAUGUGCUUUUUAUUAGCCGAAACAUACUACUGCCAUAGACCGACCUUCCGCUCAUACCAGUCUAGGUUUGAUGGAUUCCUCAAAUUACACCUUUUUCUACUUGCUCAGAGCCAUAUUUUAUAGAUUGUUCUUUUAUAUUCCAUUGUUUUUGCAGUUUAUUUUGUAUUUCCAACCAAAUUCGAAAAACACACAGAGAGUCACUGCCUAAAGACAAAAGGAAAAAAAAAAAAACCUAGAUGGACCACUUUAAUGUUUACGGAAAGGUUCCACAGAAGUCGGCUGAUGCUGCACUUCCCCCUACUGGUAGUUUUUGUUAUUUCGCUUAAGUGGAACAUGGUAUGUUAUUGUUCAGAUGCAUGCAUGAAUUUCAUAUAAAACUCAGUUUUGUUUCCUUUUUUACAAUUGUUCUGUAUUUUUAUAUUAAGUACUUUUUAAUAUUUUGGGAAAAUAUAUAAAUAUAGGUGUAUAGGCCAGAGAGUUUGGUGACAUGACAAAUGAGCAAAAUAAGCAGUUGAGUACAUAUUGCAGUUUAUAUAUAUAUAUAUAUAUAUAUAUAUAUAUAUAUAUAUAUAUAUAUAUAUAUAUAUAUAUAUAUAUAUAUAUAUAUAUAUAUAUAUAUAGUUAAGUGUUUACUGUAAAGUCAAGGGGUCUGGUCGAGUUGUCAACAGAAGAGUGAGCAUUUAAUGGCCUUAUCCUGAAAAGCGUUCUCCAAACCUGCAGCCCCAGAUAGAUGUGUGUAAAAUAUUAUGAUUUGCCACCUAAUUAGAAUGUUGGACUACAGUGGGAAAUGUUAAAGGUUUUGAGGUUUUUCGAACUCAAUUUCUAUUUUCUUUUAGACUGAUGAAGCAUAAUUUAUUUUCUGUGAGACUUCUGUAUCACCCAUUAAAGUGGCAAAGUGUCAGCUAUGGGAAAUAGAGAUUAUUACAGUACAGUACGUACAUCAUUUAACUUUUUGUCUUUGUGAAACCAUUUGUUAUACACAGCUCUGGAUAUAAAUGAAGCAUACAUACUGUUUGUUAAAUGAAAGUACAAAUGUAUUUGACUUGAUGUGGAAGCAGUCGAACGGUUUCCAGUUAGAGCUUUAUAUAAAUUCUGCCAAAGUGUUGCUUUGUACAGAUUUAUGUCUUUGAUCUUGUUCAUUUGGAAUAACUUAUAAUUGGAUUUCAUCAAUAUUUGAAUAUUUCUUUCCCAUGAGGAUCUAAAAUAUGCCCCACUCACCUCUAUUUUUUUCAUUACUUGAUCAGAAUGGAUGCAGAAAAUAGGGGGAAAUGAUCAAAGCCAUUGUCUUUCAUUUUCUUUUCUGGUUCCCUUUAAUAGCUCUUUAGAACAAUUUCUGUUAUUGCACAUGUUUUUCUCUCUUUUUUUUCUUGCAUUGUAUAAACUGAGAAUCGCUUCAAGGUGUCGUGCAAUAACUUUGAAUUUUAACGCAUUACUACUCUACUGAAGUUGUCUGACAAUUCUUGUUUGCUUGGUUGGGGACAGAAGGAAAUAACACACCACAGCUGUAAAUAAAAUUGUUUUAAAACUGGAAUAUAACGUUAAGUUAUAACCACUUAUUUUGCAUAUACUUAGUCCAUUUACAUCUGAUGUUGAGUGAAAUGAAAAUUGUAUUUGGCUGCGGGGAAAGCAGUCAAUAGAACAUCUGAUUUCUGUAAUUCAUAUGAAACAGUAAUAUAUACUGGUGUUAUUUUUGUAUAAACAUAAUAUCAUCGAUGUGGCAUGCAUUACUUAUAAACAAAUUGGUGGUUCAAAGCAAUAUGUACAACCUGGUGCGAUUGGUAUUUUUAGUGUCCUGUGUAGCUUAAACCAUGUUGUACUUGGGAAAAAAAAAACUGCAUUGGAAAAAAAUUGUAAUUGUUCAAUAUAUGUGUUCAAUGUUCUGCAUGAUUACAUAUGGAAUGAGGCGUCCCCAAAUGUUUACUUGUUUCCAGAAUGAAUGUGACACACAAACACUUGCACGCACGCACACUCGCACAUCAGUAGACUCUGCAAAGGAAACACACACUGACUCGAUGCUGUUUCAGAGAAGAACGUUCCAUACCGAGGAGAUGAAAGCAUCUCGUUUCUUGUCUAGACAUCACGAGAGAGCACUACUCCAUUUAAUUUCCUAAUUACUAGGGCGUGGGAAUUGGGGAAUGACUGCCAGAGUAUGGGCUUGAACGAUCUCUGGUCUUUUUACCAGUUACGCUUCGCUCUGGCUUUGUUUCGUUACUUUUAUAGCCAUAAGCAGUGGCUGUCGAUUGAACUGCUUAAUUGCAGAGUGGUACGAGCUUUGAUGUUCCAUCACCUUAUUGUGUGGGUUACCGACUCCAUCCAGACAGCUCCCUCUCAUCCAUGCAUGAUCCAUCAAAGAUGAAAGACGCUAGCGCAGUAAAGCUGAAGGAUUUAAGUUUUCAAGGUAGGCAACAGUCGUACUUGAGUUCCCAUCUCACUUUCCUGAAAUGCACUGAUUCCCUUUACUCUUUAUUCCUACUCUUUUCCUCUAUUUGAGGGUUUUGAGAGAGAGAGAGCAUUGUUUAAUAAACUCAUACAAGUUAGGUUUAGUUAUUUCCAUUAGCCAAUGAAUCUGUAGUCUUCAAUCCAAAAACGCAGUUGUCUUUUUAUUAUUAUUAUUAUCAUUGUUAUUAAUGCAUGUGAAAUACACUCUUAAAAUUAGGUCAUUGGCAUAUGGUUCAAUAACAUCCAUGGAACCUUUCCAUAUCACAAAAUUUUCUUUGGAUUAUUAAAAUGUUCUUCACACUAAGAGGCCGUUCACAUAGAAUGUGUCCAUUCCACCGCACUAAAUCCCAUUGUUCUUGUAUGUAAACUUGCUAGAUGGUGUUAUAAAAAUGCAGUGCUCAAGUUAAAGUAAGUUCAACCUUUCAUUUUCACCGUUCCACUGCAUGUGUCUCACAUUUUUCAAAGCUAAAACGCAUUCUGUGUGAGUGGCCUCUACGGAAGAAAAUGGUUCUUUUGAGAACUCUUCAUUGAAAGGUUUUUCAGGAAACCCAGAAAUGGUUCUUCUAUGGUAAUCACCCUCCACCCCACCUUGGAAGAUUAAAACACAUCAUUACCAUUUAGUCUCAUCACAAGCAGAAUCAUAUCAUUAAUAACUUAAGCUAUUCAAAUUAGGUUUCUCUGUUACUUUUACAGAACACAAUCUCUUUGAAGGACAAGGGCUUUGCUUAGUGAAGGAUAAAAUGUUGGGAAAAAAAUCUGUUUACAGUCACUUUACAGAUACAGAAAUGUAGUGUUUUGUAAUUUUUUUUUACAUCUCUAGGAUCACAGAAGUGCCAAUGGACAACCUGCACCACUGUGUCUGAUUGAUUUAGUCCUGAGUAAUUGAUUAAAAAUGAGAAAACUGUGUCUUUGAUCAUGGGUUUUGGAAAAGUGUGGAGGCCUUAAUUGAUUCCAACUGAAAGUGAAUAUAUUUUGCAUUUAUUUUGCAUAAUUGAAUUGAAAAUGUCGACUGGUGAAUCUAAAAAGCCCAGUGUAUCCCAGUGUCAUGUAUGUGUUUACAGUCUCUUUAAGAUGCCAGAGAAUAUGUGCUCACCUAAUGUAAUGUAGUUUUAAGGGCUAUAAGGUGACAGUAGGAGGAUAACCUGUUACCGAAUCUGUGUCUAAUGAUGAGAAGUUGACUCAAAAUAUUCUUGUCGGAAAGUAGUGUACACUUACUUGGUUUGUUUUCCGUUGUCAAAGUGUGCAUUGAGCUCAUUUUGAUCAAUGCUAAAUUCAUGUAAAGUUGACCCAGCUGUGUCAAUCUUCUUGCUACAUGAAUGGGAAAAAUCACCAUAUUCAGCUAAAUUGCCAUUUCAUUAAUUGGCAAUGCACAUUUGGAGUAAAUAGCUUAGUAUGUGUUUUGGAUUCAGACACCAAAGUGUGUGUGUGUGUGCUAGAGGAGAAGGUCUUGAUUCUUGAUCUGACAGUCACGAACAGUGUCUUCAGUCAGUGUGUGUUUUAAUUGGUGAAAAAGAUCCAGAUUUUGUUGAGCCCUUCUUUCAUUUAGCUGUUGUGAGAAUCAUUAUCAUGCAGAAAUGUCAGUCCUGCUUGCUUCGAACUAUGCAACAGAUUCAUUGGAUUAAAAUAUGAAUUAUUUAUUCUCUUAGCUGUCAUAACAAUGCUCUCUCUCUCUUUUCCUCUCUCUGUACGCUUGCUUUCUUUUGUCGAAGUGAAUUCAGUCAUGCCCAUAUUUCAUUAUUUAUACUAACACAAGUGUAUUAUCUAUGUAAUGUAUGUGUGUAAUGUGCACACAUUCAAGUUUUCUUUAUUUUUUGUAAUAUAUGAUUAUGUGGAAUGCCUUGUUCUUUAUGUCCUGUCGUUUAAAUCUAACAGAACAAAAAUGAAGAAAAAAAAAAGGAUAAUCAAGCAAUUGAAGUCAAAGUUAUUAUAUAAACUAUAUAUACAUAUAUACAAAUCUAUAUAUAUAAAUAAAGCCAUUAGAAUUUGAAAUACAA